UUAAAAGGAGGGAAGGCGCGCGUCAGGGACCUGAGCCGUGGCUAAGUGCACCUGAACUGAGGCGCGGCCGGCACACAGCCAUGACCCUGCGGGCGCGGGGCGCGAGGUGCUCGGCUGCUCGGAGGCCUUCUGCUCUUCGCUCUGCUCGCUGCCGGCGCCGCCCCGUUUAGCUGGGAUCUCCCGGAGCCCCGCAGCCGGGCCAGCAAGAUCCGAGUGCACCCGCGGGGCAAUCUCUGGGCCACCGACACCUCUUGUUCUCCACUUCCUUCUCUGCCGUUCCCGUCCCUCUUCUAAGCAGACAGCACAACUGGCAGAGUUUCUUCCUGGCCCUGGGGCAUCCCACCCUCCUUCCAGCUGUGCCGUCCCCUCCACACCAUCUACCUGCUCAGGAAAAGCUGAGGUCACUUCAUGGGCAAGAAGAGUCUGGAGCCCCCAGCCCAUCCCUAUUGGGGACAGCUCCCCACAUCUCCCUGAGGGACCAGAGACUGCAGCUGAGUCAUGAUCUGCUCAGGAUCCUCCUGCAAAAGAAAGCUCUGGGCAUGAGCCUCAGCGGCCCAGCACCUCACACCCAGGAGAGUUUAUCCGGAGAAUCCCGGACAUAGCUAGCUAAGGGUACCGCAGGUCCGCUGCGGCGCUAAGGGACCUCUAAGGCCCCGCCCCCGCGUCAGACCAGGCCGCGCCCCACUCCUCGCGAGAGGGCCGCUCUUGCCCAGGAAGGUUCAGAGGCGGAAGUGGAGUACCGGAAGCGACAGUUGCCAUGGAGCCCGCGGAGGACUGGCUGGUGGAAUCCUUGCGCUUGUACCAGGAUUUCCAUGCAUUCGACCUCUCGGGAGCCACUCGAGUCCUUGAAUGGAUUGGUGACAAAGGAAUCUUGGUUGCUGGCUAUGAAAGCCUGAAAAAAAAUGAGAUUCUUCAUCUGAUAUUACCUCUCAGACUUUCUGUAAAAGAAAACCAGGGCUUAUUCCCUGAAAGAGAUUUCAAGGUACGCCAUGGAGGAUUUUCAGACAGGUCUGUCUUUGAUCUGAAGUAUGUGCCAGAUACCAGGUUGCUGGUGACCAGUGGCCUUCCCGGUUGUUACCUACAGGUGUGGCAGGUUGCAGAGGACAGCGAUGUCAUUAAGGCCGUCAGCACCAUUGAUGUGCACGAGAAGGAGGGGCGUCUCUGGCCCAGGAUGGCCAUCUUCUCGUCGGCGGCGCCCGGAGUCCUCCACGGGGCCAGGCUCAGCAGUCUGAAGGUGGUGGAUCUGGAAUCACAGAAGACCACCUACAGCUCAGGUGUCAGUGACGACGAGUUGCUGAGUAGCCUGCAGGUCCUGGACGCAGACACCUUUGCCUUCUGCUGCACCUCGGGCCGCCUGGGGCUUGUCGACACCCGCCAGAAGUGGACCCCGUCAGAGAACCUCAGGCCCGGCUCUGGGUCCGCUGGAGGGAGGUGGUGUGCAGAAGCUGGGGGCCGGGGCCCUGGGCCCAGCAUUGCCAGCCUUGGCUCGGACGGGCAGCUCUGUCUUCUUGACCCCCGGGAUCUCUGCCAGCCGGUGAGCUUGGUCCAGUGCCCAGUGUCCAUGCCUAGCCCUGACCCAGAGCUGCUGCGAGUGACUUGGGCUCCAGGCCUGGACAACUGCUUGGCCAUUUCAGGUUUUGAUGGGACGGUCCAGGUCUAUGACGUCACGUCUUGGGGUGGAAGGGGGCGCCAAGUAGAACCUCUCUUCACUCACAAAGGUCACAUCUUCCUAGACGGCAAUGGGAUGGACACUGCUCCACUGGUCACCACCCACACCUGGCACCCCUGCAAACCGAGGACUUUGUUGUCUGCAGCAAGUGAUGCCUCUCUGCACGUAUGGGACUGGGUGGACCUCCAUGCUGCCCGCUGACUCCAGCAUCUUUCCGCCCAGGCCCUAGGAAGCUGCUGUGUAGCAAGGAUAUUGAUUCAAGAUUCAAGUGACCACAGAGCCCUGUUACCAGCUGAGUGGCUGUGGGCAAGUUAACCAGCCCCUCAGUCCCAGUUUCUUUAUUUGUAGAAUGAGACUGGUAAUAACUACCUGGUAGGACCGUUGGGAAAGUUAGAAGUAACAUAUUUAAAACUAACUGGUAAGGGGACUUCCCUGGUGGCACAGUGGUUAAGACUCCGCGCUCCCAAUGCAGGGGGCCCGGGUUCAAUCCCUGGUCAGGGAACUAGAUUCCACAUGCAUGCUGCAACUAAGAGUUCGCAUGCCACAACUAAGGAGCCUGCCUGCCGCAACUAAGGAGCCCAUGUGCUGCAACUAAGGCUCCUGCGAGCCACAACUAAGGAGCCCACCUGCUGCAACUAAGACCCAGCACAACCAAAUAAAUAAUAAAAAAUAAUAAUAAUAACUGGUAGGAUUCAUGGCACAAUAAAGAUUUCGUAGCUACUCUUAGAUCUGGGAGCCCCAUUUCCCCCAAGUGUAAAAUGGCAGCAUUUUACCCCUGUCUGCAUUCACAACAUCAUGGAAUCUGAAGAGCCAACGAAUGUAAACAGGUUCUGUGAACUUUUCUACAGAAGUGAAAAUGUAUAGUGACAGAUAAUCAUGAAAAAAGUCAACCCCAGUAGCAAUUAAGGAAAUAGCAAUUAAAAUAAGGUUAUGCCAUUUUUAUUUACUAAAUUGCCAAAUUUUAAAACAUUUUUGCCUUGAACAGCUGUUAGAGGUUACAUGGUACACAAUUCAGAAGGUACAGAGGAGCAUCUUAGUUCUUUGGGGGCAGCUGUUUUUAAAGGUGGUAACAGCCAGGGUGGGGAGCUAGGCAUUCUCAUCAGUACCACCUGCAGCUGGCAUUCAGGCAGAGACUGGCCACCCUCCUCUUGGGCGGUUCUCACUGGAACACGGCCUUCACCAGGGUGAUGCUUUCCAACCCCUGCCCCCCAGGGGAGUAGGCCCAAAGGACAUUUCUUUUUGGUGGCCCGUAGCAAAUAUGAAAGUGUACCUGCAUGUGAUUCCUCACUGUCACAUUUGUUAAAGGAUUUUCAGCAAUUUUCUUGUUGAAAUUAUGUGAUUACUAGUCAGUUUGGGCUCUGAUUUUUUUUUUAAAGUAGCUUUAUUGAGACAUAAUUCACAUACCAUACAAUUCAACCAUUUAAAAUGUACAAUUUAAUGGGUUUUGGUAUACUACUUUAUUAGUUUUUAAAGAUUAUGGUAAAAUAUAUCUAACAAUUUGCCAUUUUCCCCAUUUUUAAGUGUACAACUCAGUGGCAUUAAUUACAUUCACAAUGUUGCAUGACCAGCACCACUAUUUGUUUCCAAAACUUUUCAUCACCCCAAACAAACUGACUAUUGUGGGCUCUGGUUUUUUGGCUCUCAGCUGGGCUCCUAUAACAAAAUGCCACAGACUGGGGUCUAAAACAACAGAGAUUUCCUUCUCACAGUUCUGGAGGCUGGGAAGUCCAAUAUCAAGGUGCGGGCUAGGUGGGUUUCAUCCUGAGGCCUCUUCUCUUAGCUUGUAGGUGGCCACCAUCUUGCUGUGUGCUCACAUGACCUCUUCUCUGUGCUCCUGCAGAGAAAGCCCUGGUCUCUGUUCCUCUUCUUAUGACACCAGUCCUUUCAGAUUAGAGCCUCACCCUUAUGACAUCACUUAACCUUAAUUACCUCUUAAAAGCUCUAUCUCCAAAUACAGUUACAUUGGGGGUUAUGGGGGUGGGAGGGGGUAUAAUUUGACCCAUAGCAUUUAGGAAUUAUUUUGAAGUAAGAAAAACCUAAUAAUUUUUCCAAUGAAAUGAUUUUUUUAAUUAAUUUAACAAAUGUAAUGAAUGAGCAUUACAUUUUUUUUUUUUUUUUUCUGUAUGCGGGCCUCUCACUGUUGUGGCCUCUCCCGUUGCGGAGCACAGGCUCCGGACGCACAGGCUCAGCAGCCAUGGCUCACGGGCCCAGCCGCUCCGCGGCAUGUGGGAUCUUCCCGGACUGGGGCACGAACCCGUGUUUCCUGCAUCGGCAGGCGGACUCUCAACCACUGCGCCACCAGGGAAGCCCGAGCAUUACAUUUUGGAGAGAUGUAAUUAAACAAUUUCAGACUCAAGAUGUGAUCCUUCUUACCAUCGUCUGGAGUCUUCUCUCUAAUCCUUUUCUUCCCCUCCAUUGCCCCAUGAGAACUGAUUCUAUAGAUUCAUUUCCAGAAAAAGGUAAUUUCUUCUUUGCUGUGCGCCAUUUCGGCUUAAGCUUAACAGGAACGCUCUGCUUUCAGAUAGAAGAGGAAACCUAUAUGACAAAUCAGGGAUUUUUUUUUUUUCAA